UGUUUUAGGAAGUCAAGAACUAUCCGCAUGUGAAUUUGGUGUUUUGGUGUUUAGAGUAUUUUUCUUUUCAAAAACUUAAUUUUGUUUGAUAUAGUUAUUUUUUCUUAAUGAUUAUAAUUGUUUUCAGUCUAGAGACUAGAGAGCAUUGUAAAAAAGAUACUCGACGACGGCGAUGGCGAUUGCGAUGGUACUAGGGUUUUGAUUUGUCUAUGAACGGUUCUUUUUUGGGUUUUCUCUGGGUCCGUCGCGGUUGUUUCGGGAUCGUAAUUGUUUGCGAUGGGAUUGGAUAUAGAUCACGGGAUUUUGAAUUAUCUUUUGGGUGUGUUCAGAUCCUACGGCGAUUACGAUGGAUCUUUGAUCUGCUUCGUGAUCUCUAUUUAUGGUUUCUUAUUGGAUUCGUUUCCAAAAGAGGAAGAAGGAAGGAUCGGAAUCUGCUUCUGAUUGAGGCUGUCGCGAUAUUUGGGGAUAAUCGUUAUCAUACGAUUGUGCUUUGCCUUAAUGAACAGAUCCGGUGUUCUCUGUCUAUUUUGUUUGCUACGUUUAUUUGGAGAUCCCAUCAGUCGCGAGAUAUGAUUGGGAGGAUUUUCGUGGAUUCCUUUGACGUUACUUGGAGGAGGAAUUGUUCGAUGGUUGAGUAUAAAAGCAUGGUUCUCGUUCAGCAGAAAUCUCAUCUCUCACAGUUCUAUCUUUAUCUGUUCGGGGCUUCUAGUUUUUUUCAUAAGUCUUUUUGGUUAUCGGUUUUCCCAAAAGUUUUUGAGAUGUCGCAGAGUUUGGCUUUGGGUCAGGGAUCGAAUGCUUCAAGUUCGAUGUCCUCUGUGAUGAAGAAGAAGGUUAAGAUCCCAUAUUUUGAUAAUAUUGCCUUGAUCGAAGGCUAUUCCAAGACUGUAGUGGGGCGAUGUAUGAAUCCAAGGAGGCAGGAUAUGAAGUCGCUUCUUCAUAUGUUUCCACAGAUUUGGCAUUUGGAGGGUAGAGUGGUUGGUGCAGAUCUUGGGAUGGGGAAGUUCCAAUUUGAUUUUGAUGAAGAAUCAGACGGAGCCAGAGCUAUAAGGGAGCGGUCAGGUCAGAGAGGCAGCAGGAUUCUGGGUGGGAUGGUGGUGCUAAAGGGGCAUAUCGGGGAAAACAUGGUGCUGGGGGGAUUCACGCUGAUGGGAAGAGACCUUUUGAGGGAAAGGUUGAGCGAAGUUUGAAGGGUCGAUCUGACCUCCCAGGUGGAGAACCAGUGUCAAAGCAACGUCGGUAUCAGACGUAUGUGCAGUACAAUGAUCUCAGGCACCUUCGAGAAGCUGCGAAGGGGUCCAAAGAUCAGCUAGAGAACACGGUGACGGAGGUUGUACCGGUGGAGAUUUUGUUCUAGGAACAAAUGAGGAGCCUUCUAAAGAUUGGAUUCGUCUGUUUGGGUCAGAAACUUCCUGAAAAGAGUUGAUAUAGGGUUCCUACGGGUUCAUGUAGCUUUUGGGCGUGUUUUGGAAGAAUCGGAGGUGAACAGAAGCAAGAAUUCGACUCUCGGCUUCGAACAUAUCGCGUCUGCAAAGUCAGUGUCGAUCGACACCACGUGGGUUUCGGUCGACACCAAAAAGCAGUAUCGAUCAACACUGAGGGGCAGUAUUUGACUAUAUGGAUUCAACAACCAUAUAGCGACUUGCAAUUGCAAUUCUCAACAAUUAUAAUUGAUUCGUUGUUGUAAUUGAUCGAUGAAUCCAGCAACAUGCAAACGAACAUCACAACAAUAAAAAAAAAAUAGAUAAUCUAAAAAUAAAGAAAUUAAAAUAAAAUAAAUUAGAUUAAAUUCAAAAUUACAAUUUUUUUUAAAAAAAAUGCAACUAAUCGCAGCGACAUGUGUAUGGAUAACACGACAAUAGUAGCCAAAUAUAACAUACAAACUAGAUUCGGACCCGCAUGUACGGCGGAGUUGAUUUCAAAAAUUAAUGUUUUUAUUAGGUUUGCAAUAUAUUACAUAUGUGCGGGAUAAUGUUUAUAAACAUAUUUUUAACGAAUAUUAGUAACAUUUUACAAUCUAAAC